UGCCUUGUAGAUACAUCAGUGCGCAAGAUGCUGACAAGAGGGUUGGGGUGGGGGAUGUCUUCCUUCCUGUUGCAGGGGACCAUGGUUAUGUUGAAGAUCUCCGCUUUCCUCGUUGCCUACGCCCUGGUCAUCUGCCAGAUGUACUGCUCACAAGCCGCCCCUGCCAGACCAGGUUUGGAGUCCAUGUCAGAACGAGUCACGCUCACGGACUACGAGGCGCGAAGGUUACUGAACGCCAUCGUCAAGGAGUUUGUGCAGAUGACGGCAGAAGAGAUGGAACAGCAGGCGACGGAGGGAAACAGCAGCGUUACAGCACAGAAGCGCGCCUGCAACACGGCCACGUGCGUGACCCACCGCCUGGCCGACUUCCUGAGCCGGUCGGGGGGAAUGAGCAACAGCAACUUCGUUCCCACCAACGUUGGCGCCAAGGCCUUUGGCAGGCGGAGGAGAAGCGUCCAGAUGUGAGCGCUCUCCAUCGGUCUCCUGGGGAAUGAGGCGGACACCUGAAAAGAAAAAAACCCCAAAAAAUACGACUUGUGAACAAAAUCCAACACAGCAAAACUACGCAGAUAAAUACUAAACUGGCCCUUUACCUUCUCUUUCACAUUCUUACUGGAAAAGAAAGGAUGUUUUGUCCCCGUUAUCCAUCCUGUUAAUCCUUUUCUUUAAUUUUAUUUAUUUAUUUAUUUUGGGCUUUUGGCAAAUAACUGAAAAAAAUAUUGGGAAAAAAGCACUUUACUUUAUGUACAUGAACAAAUGAACUUCUUAAAGUUAAAAAAAACAACAAAAAAAAAACAUCCCGAUGGUUACUCUUUUUUAUACAUGGAUAUUAUUGGAAAAUAAAAUGAAAACAGCAGUGGUCAUCACUUUCUUUUUUCCGCCCCACGUUUCGCCUCGUUAGAGCACAUUUGUAGCGCAGACCCCCGCUGAGAGUCAUAUCUUUACAUUCCCCCCUUUACUAAAGAUCCUCCCCACUUCGCUCCCCACACAACGGCUGUUGUCUUGUGCCUUGAUGUAGAAAAAUUUACAUGAACAUGAUUGUACGGCUUUGUUUUGAGACGGCAAAGAAGAACCCGAGUGAGGAUGAGGAGAACGGUGGUGGAUUCAUAUUGUAAACAAUAUUGUGAAAAACAAAAAAAAAAUUUCAGCAAGAUUAAAAUGUAUUUUAGAUACA